AAAGUAACACCAAGUUUGACCGUUUGAAUAUAAAAGGGAAAUGCGUGCCUAUUUACACUUUGUCUAUUAUACCGGGAAGAGGAUUCCACAUUUGAAUCCACAUCAAGGCAAAAUAUUGCUCAAAUUAACUAUUGCUGAAACGCGUCCCUAUCCCACCCAAGUCUCUAAUCAAACACAUCAUUUUUACAUUUAAUUCCACACAGGAUCCCUACUCCCUAGUUUUCCAAUCUUUCACGAAGACUUCGUUUAGCAAAUUAAGACUUGAUUCAAUAGCAACUGAGGAGCAUACUUCAAUGGCGUUUUCUUCAACAUCAUCCACUCGUAAGAGCUAUAGGUAUGAUGUAUUCCUGAGCUUUAGGGGUGAAGACGUCCGUAAGCACUUUGUUGACCAUCUUUUUACUGCUCUUCAACGGCAAGGAAUUCACACUUUCAAGGAUGAUCCAAAACUCGAGAAAGGAAGAAUGAUCAACCACGAGCUCCUAAAGUCCAUUGAAGAGUCAAAAUUAUACAUAGUUAUAUUCUCUAAGAACUAUGCAUCUUCUUCAUGGUGCUUGGAUGAGCUGGUGAAAAUUAUGGAGUGCCAGAAGGAGACCGAGCAGAUUGCUUACCCUGUGUUCUACGAUGUAGAUCCCUCUGAAAUCCGCAAACAACUUGGCCCAGUUGGAGAAGCUUUUAAAAGACAUAACAACAUGAAAGAGGUCAAGAAGUGGAGAGGGGCUUUGAAGGAAGCAGCCAAUCUGUCUGGGUGGGAUUUGAGAAAAACUGAUGAUGGGCAUGAAGCUAAGGUUGUGAGUAAAAUUGUACAAAAGAUAUCGCAAGAAUUACACUUCAUUAAUAUGAAAGUGGAGGAAAAAUUAGUAGGCAUGGAGAGCCGGAUAAAAGAUAUAGUUUCCUCUUUGGAAAUGGGUGUUGAAGACGUUCGUAUGAUAGGUAUAAAGGGGAUUGGAGGAGGUGGGAAGUCAACUUUAGCAAGAGCUGUUUUUGACAAAAUAUGCAUUUUGUUUGAAGGCAAAAGCUUUGUCGACAACAUUAGGGAAGUUUCAAAACCAUCUAUGUCUGGGUUGCCAUCAUUGCAACAACAAGUACUUUGUGAUGUGUUAAAUGAUAGAAGCAUCACUGUAGGGAGUGUUCAUGAUGGGAAAAGCACAAUGCAAAAUUUGAUGUGUGGCCAAAAGGUUCUUCUUGUUUUAGACGAUGUGGAUCAUUUAGACCAAUUGGACGCAUUAGCUGGUGGGAUUAAUUGGUUUAAACUAGGAAGUAGAGUUAUUAUUACAACAAGAGAUGAGCAAGUGCUUAUAGCACACAAUGUGAAACCGAUUCACAAUGUGAAUUUGUUAUCUAACAAGGAAGCAAUCUGCCUCUUCAGUAGGUAUGCUUUUGGUAGAGACAUUCCGGUUCAAAGGUACAAAGACUUGUCCCUCAAAGUUGUACAGUAUGCCGCUGGUCUUCCUUUAACCCUCAAAGUUUUGGGUGCGUCUCUUUGUGGUAAAGAAAAGGUUGAAUGGAUAGAUGUACUACGCAGACUAAAAACAAUUCCUCUAAAGGAAACAUUGGAAAAAUUGGAAUUAAGCUACAACAGCCUCGAGGAUGAUUACAAGGAAAUAUUCCUCGAUGUUGCAUGCUUACUCAAAGGUUGGAAGAAAGAUGAUGCAAUUAGAGCACUUGAAAGCUGUGGAUUUCAUGGUAGGAAUGGCUUAAGAGUUCUUGAGCGAAAAUCCCUCAUAACUAUUUCUCAUGAUCAGGUGUUAAGCAUUCACGAUAGCAUAGAAGAAAUGGGACGGAAUAUUGUUCGUCGUUUGCACCCUAAUGAGCCCAUCAGACAUAGCCGAUUGUGGACUAGAAGAGAGAUUGAAGACACGUUGGCUAAUGACUUGGUUACCGAGGCGACAGGAGUUCAAUUUCAGGAGUUUCUCAGUGAUCUCUCAUUUCUGUCGGGUGUCAAGUAUAACAGCACUUCUAUAUUUCUUAAAAAAGGUUUUGGAAACAUGAAGAAACUUAGAUUUCUUCACGUGAUUUCUUUCCCUUGUUAUGUGUCUCAAGUCGGCCAAAACUUCCCAAAUAAUUUACAAUUUCUGAGUUGGAAAGGUUACCCUCACUGUUGUCUACCCAAAACAUUUCAAGCAAAUCAGCUGGUUGCACUUGAAUUGCCUAUGAGCAUAAUAAAACAACUAUGGGAAGAUGGAGAAAGAAAGGUUCUUCAAAACCUAAAAUUUCUUGACUUGAGUAAUUCGAAAUUGACGACCCUUGAUUGUGACUUACUUCCGAAACUCAACAAGUUAAAGCUUAAAGGAUGUGGUAAUUUGGUAGUCUUUCAUGGGCCCACCAAAUAUCGAAGAAGGCUUGUCUACUUGAACUUACAUGGUUGCAAGGGAAUCAAUUCUCUUUUAUUUAUCAAACACCUGAAAUCACUUCAGGUUCUUGAUCUAAGUGAUCUAGAUCUGAUGGAGCUUCCAGAUAUACUUGAAGGCUGCAAAAAUAGUUUGUUGGAGUUUAAAAUUUCAAAGAACAAUAUCAAAGAGCUGCCCUCAUCAAUUGGAGAGCUUAAAAACCUUGUUUCUCUAGAUCUCAGUUGGUGCAAAAGCCUCAAGAGUCUGCCAAGAAGCAUAUGUGGUUUACCACGUCUAAAAACUCUUAACCUUGAAAAUUGUUCAAUAAAGAAACUACCCGAUGAUUUUGGCCAUUUAGAAAGCUUGGAAUGGCUAAAUUUAAGGGGUACACGUGUCCGAUAUCUCCCUAAUAGCAUUUGUAUGUUGAAGCAUUUGAAAACCCUACUUCUUGCAAGGUGUAGAGUUUUUAAGGAGUUACCUGAGGAUCUUGGCCUAUUAGAAUCUUUGGAAGAACUAAGUUUAGCAUGUUCCAAGAUACGAGAUGUUCCGAAUAGCAUUUGUAAGCUGACACAUCUCAGAGAGUUUAACCUACGUUACUGUGAUCAACUCAAAAAAUUGCCCGAUAAACUUGGAGACUUAAAAUGUUUACAAAGGUUAAAUGUACAUGGUACACGUUUAAGUAAUCUCCCUGAGAGCAUUUCGUUGUUGAAAGGUCUUAAAAUCGUUGGAUUUACAUUAGGAGAUUCAUCCAUACACUCGUCUGCCCCAUAUACAACAAUGAAUAAUAAUAACUCAGGCGUCCUAAAGAAGUAUGCUGGAAUUAAGAGUAUUAUGGCAUUGCGGCAGAAACUUCAAAACAUUGAUACCCGUGAUAUAAGAGAAGGAGAGACAGAAACAGAAACAGAAAUAGAGACAGAGACAGAGGAGACACAAGCUAAGAUACAAUAUGCGAGUGAAGAAAGUCAAUUUUGAAAUGAGAAAGUGAAGAAACUGAAGACAUAAUAUUGUGUGGAACAGGAUUUGGGACUUAAUUGUGAAGAGUAAACUCAACUCGGAUUUACUAAACUCUAUGUUGAUAAGGAGAAAUUGUUGUAAAAAUAUAGGAACUAGACGUUUAAUUUCAAAUAAAAGGUAAGUUUGUUAUAUAAAAGUAGUGAGAGAGCAUAUAUGAAAUUGAUUGUGAUCUUUUUUUUUACUAUAAAAAAUGAAUGAAAAAAAAAAUACAUCUUGGA